AUGUACAACGCGAGAUCGCGUGGCAGCGCUGCCAACGAGGGGAUUUCCCCCAAAAGAAUAGUCACCAUCGGCUCUCUGCUCCUAGUCCUUGGUCUUAACCAGGUGGCGUCCAUGUCGCUGGAUCGCCUGGCGCUCGAGAGGAACGAGCUGCCGGCGGAUCAACAGCAACAGCAGCCGCAGCAGCAGGAUGUUCUCGUGGACGACAUGAAGCUCACCUCCAUUCCAUCCGCCGACUCAUCGGACAUGUAUAUGCUGGUGCCCGACACGGUGGCCAGCCAACUGGAAGACACCGAGCACGUCAAUCGCAACUCCAUUGAAGCCGAUCCCGAAUCGGAACCCUCGGGCUCAUCAUCCUCCGACAUGCUGGCGCUGGAGAGCGACUCCAGCCCGGCCAUGCAACUUGUGGAGCUGCCCAGCGACAUUACGGUGGCCGAAUCCCAGCCAGAAACGGAGCACGACGACGCGGAGAACGAACAGCAGCAGCCCGAGUCCAUCGAGGAGCAUGUGGUCCUGAUGAAACCAGCUAGCCAGGAGGCUCAGCUGGAGCAAGCCGUGGACCUGGCCACCGAAUCUGCACCAGUUCCCUUAAACGACGAACAGCCAGAGGAUGAGGAAUCUCCUGCUGCCACCGAAAGUGCCGUGGAGGAAUUGGAAAAGGAAUCCGCAGCGGCCAUGGAUGAUCAAGUGCCCGAGGCAUCGGAAACUCAGCCGGAACAGGUGCAACCAGAGGAAUCCCAGUCAGAAUCUGAUGGUGAACAGGCGGAGAAGAAGCCAGAGAUUGAAGCUCAGCCAGAAGCGGUAGCUCAACCAGAAGUAGAAGGCCAGCCAGAAGUGGAGUCCCAACCAGAAGUUGAAGCUCAGCCAGAAGUGGAAGCCCAGCCAGAAGUAGAAGCCCAACCUGCAGUGGAAGCUCAGCCAGAGGUUGAAACUCAGCCAGAAGUAGAAGCCCAGCCAGAAGGCGAAUCUCAAUCAGAACCUGAGUCCCAGCCAGAAGUGGAAUCCCAGCCAGAAGUGGAUGCCCAGCCUGAAGUGGCAGCCCAACCAGAGACUGAAUCCCAGCCAGAAGCAGAGUCCCAGCCAGAAAAGGAACCCGAAGUCGAGGCCGAGAAGGUCAGUGAUAACGAGGUGGACACCACGGAGGCAUCCCUGAUGGAAACCCUGGUUGAGGGCAUUGAAGAUGGCCUAACUGCCGCUAUGGACAACCUGGUGCCCGAGGAAUUGGCCGAGGCCAGUGACCACCAGGAACCGGAGCUGGAAAGCGAGGACCAACAGUCCCCAGUCACAGAAGCCAUAGAAGAGCAGGCGGCACCCGAAAUUGCGCAGGAAACGGAAAAGGAACAGGAACAGGAAAAGGAACCCGAGCAGCCAGCUUUGGCCGAUGAAACGGAGCAGGAUAUUAUUGCCCAACCUUCGAAUGACGAGCCAGUCGAGAUUGCCCCAGAGCAACAAGCUCAGGCGGAGAUUGCUCCUGCUGAAAUUCCCGAGGAAGCCAAGCCAGAGGAGGAAGUUCAAAUUGAGGAGGAGGCUAAGCCACUUGAAGAAUCCAAGCCCGAGGAGGAGGUCAAGCCCCAGGAAGAUGCCAAGCCAGAGGAGGAGGUCCAGAAUGAUGCCGAGACCCAGCCAGCUGUGCCCGAAGUGAAACCAGAGGAAACUGCUGCUGAGAUCCCUGCCGAGAUCCCUGCCGAGAUUCCUGCCGAGACUCCUGCUGAAAUCCCAGCUGAAACCCCUGCUGAAAUCCCAGCUGAAAUCCCAGCUGAAAUCCCUGCAGAAACUCCUGCUGAAACCCCUGCCGCAACUCCAAUGAAAAUCCCAGCUGAAGACUCUGCUGAUCUUCCAGCUGAAGUCCCUGCUGAUCCUAUUCCACCUCAGGUUCUCGCUGAAGUUCCAGCUGAAAUCCCAUCUAAGCAACAAGAUGAAAUCCAAUCCGACUCGACCCAAAACGAACUCCAGGUGGAGCAGGAAGCCCAGCAGCCAGUGCAGGAAACCAAGCCCAUCGAAUCGUCCCUGCUGACCACCAUCAUUCCCAUGGUGGUGGCCCAGCCCCAGCCCCAGGUGCCAUCGCAACCCAUUCAGGUGCAGGAUAGUGUGCUGAACUACGUCAACGCCUCGUUCCUGCAGCAGCCAUCGGAAACGAAUCUGCCCAAGACGGAGGAGGAGUCUCCAUUCAAUGCCCAUCUGCGGCGCUACGAUGGCGCCCAAGUGUGGCGCAUCGUGGUCCAGACCGACAAGGAUAAGCGAAUGGCCGACGAACUGCAGUCCAAAUAUGAUGGCCAGCUGUGGAAGGAGGUCAAGCAGGAGGUGGACUAUCUGCUGAAGCCGCAAGUUUUGGCCGCCGCCGAGCGCCACAUUCGCGCCGCUAAUCUUUCCCGGAUCGUGCUCAUCGACAAUCUGCAGCGAGUCAUCGAAAAGGAGAAUCCCCCAGCGGAGAAGAUUGCCGAACUCCAGAACCGCAAGGGACAUCGCCUCACCUGGCAGGCCUACCAUCGCCUGGAGGACAUCCACGGCUUCAUUGACUACAUGGCCAAGACCUAUCCGGAUAUUUGCUCCACGGAGAUCAUUGGCUACUCGGUGGAGAAGCGACCACUGAAGAUUCUCAAGAUUUCCAAUGGCAAUGCGCGUAAUCCUGGCAUCUGGAUCGAUGGUGGCAUGCACGCACGCGAAUGGAUCAGUCCGGCCACGGUCACCUACAUUGCCAACCAGCUGGUCGAGGGCUGGGAGGAUCUGCCCGAGCACAUGCGCAGCAUCAACUGGUACAUCCAUCCGGUGGCCAAUCCCGAUGGCUACGAGUACUCGCACACCACCGAUCGCCUGUGGCGCAAGAACAUGCGCGCCCACGGCCGCCAGUGUCCCGGAGUGGAUCUGAACCGCAACUUUGGCUACAAGUGGGGCGGCAAGGGCACCUCCGCCAGUCCCUGCUCGCAGACGUAUCGCGGCAGCAAGGCCUUCUCCGAGCCGGAGACCUUCUACAUCUCCAAGUUCAUCAGCGGCUUCCCGCGCGAAACCUUCCAGGCGUACCUCUCGUUCCACAGCUACGGCCAGUACAUCCUGUAUCCUUGGGGCUACGACUACCAGCUAACUCAGGAUCGUGCCGAUCUGGAUCGUGUGGCGCGACAGGCGGGAACGAGCAUCACCAAGUCGACGGGCGUGAAGUACACGGUGGGCUCCUCCGCCACAACUUUGUACCCGGCCGCCGGCGGCUCGGAUGAUUGGGCCAAGGGCAUUGCGGGCAUCAAGUACGCCUACACCAUUGAAAUGGGCGACACCGGGCGUUAUGGCUUCGUCCUGCCCGCCCGCUUCAUCCAGUACAAUGGCAAGGAUGGCGUGACCUUCGCCGACACCGUGGCCAGGGCCAUUGCCCAGGGACGCGGAAAGUCGGUGGCCAGGAACAGCAGUGGCAGCCGGAGGCGUGGCCACUAGUCCGGACACUUAGCUCAAUGCGAUUUGUUUGUAAA